AAAAAUAAUAAUUUUGAAAACAGAUUUCUAAUGAUAUUAAAAACACUUUUUUUCUCAAUCACUUUUUCUCGCUUGUUUCUACUCCUCCUUGUGCGAUUUCCCUCUUCAAUCUUCCAUGGCAUCAGAUUUGAGAAUGAAAAAUGAGAAGAGCAUGAAGAUGACGAGAUGAUAAGCUUAUCAUAGAGGAAGGUUUUUUACUAGAAAGAAAUUAUAUAACAAGUUGAUGUUGAUGAGUUCUUGAAAACCAAAGUUGCACCUCAAGAGCUUGUGGAUGAGAUUAAGGUUAAAUAAAGAAUAAUGUCUGGUCAAAUCGGUUCUAAUUCUGAGAAUGAUGUUAAUUUUGUGCCAUCAACUAAUAUUGAAGAAAUACAGUCUGGUGUAUUGGUAUUAUCGUACCCUCCCACGGUACUAACCAGGGUUCGAUUCCCUGGAUGCGCAAAUUUUUAAUUGUUUCUUUUUCUUUUGAUCAGCUAUGUACCUAUUCUAAAUUGUGGCAAACUACUAGUGUUUUUUCCCUUUUUUUGUUGUUGGGUAACACAACAAAUACACUUCCAAUUUUGAAACCAAACAAAUGAGAUAUGACGCCACUUCUAGAGCUCAACAAUGUUACAAUCAAAAUAAUCUCUUUCUUAAACAACUCAACUUCACACAAUCAAAUACGCCAAGUCCAGACUCAACUCAUUCUCCAAAACCUUGUAGGUGACUCCAACAUUGGCUCCCACUUCAUCACUGCCUGCAAAUCUUUAGGCCUCUUGGACCUUGCCCAUCUUUUUUACUUCACCCAAAAUCGUAGAUCCCAUGUUUUUAUUUGCAAUUCUCUCAUUAGGGCCUUUUCUCAUUCUCAUAAUUCUCACACCCCACACUUUAUAUACCUUCAUAUGCUCAGAAACUCAAUCCUUCCUAACAAUUUCACAUACCCAUUUCUUCUUAAAUCAUUGUCUGACUUGCGUGAGUUCAAACAAGGUGAGUGUGUCCGUACCCACGUCAUAAAAUUGGGCCAUCAUAAUGAUAUUUACGUGCUGAAUUCUCUACUUGACGUCUAUGCUUCGUCUGGCCAUAUUUACUUGUGUCGGAAACUGUUCGACGAAUUUCCCCAAAGAGAUGUUGUGUCAUGGACGGUUUUGAUUAUGGGGUAUCGGAAUGCUAGGAAGUAUGAUGAAGCAUUAAUUGCAUUUGAGCAGAUGCAGUAUGCUGGUGUUAUCCCCAAUCAUGUAACCAUGGUCAAUGCCUUGGCUGCUUGUGCUAAUUCUGGGGCCCUUGAAAUGGGAGUUUGGAUACAUGACUUUAUAAAGCGAAACAAGUGGGACAUGGAUGUGAUUUUGGGGACUUCCUUAAUCGACAUGUAUGGGAAAUGCGGCAGGAUUGAAGAGGGUUUGGUUGUUUUCAGAAGUAUGAAGAAAAAGAAUACCUUCACGUGGAAUGCUGUUAUUCAAGGGCUGGCUCUUGCUAAGAGUGGAGAUGAGGCUUUGUGGUGGUUUAACGUAAUGGAACAAGAAGGGUUUAAAGCAGAUCAAGUAACAUUGGUGGCUGUUCUUCUUGCUUGUAGUCAUGCAGGGUUUGUUGACACUGGCACUCGAAUUUUUGGAGCUAUAGUUGAUGGUAAAUAUCAAUUUCCUCCUACUGUCAAACAUUAUGCAUGCAUGGUUGACAUCUUUGCUCGUGCCGGACAACUAGAAGAAGCUUUCAAAUGCUUAAAUAAAAUGCCUUAUGAGCCUACAAAAGCGAUAUGGGGGUCACUAUUGGCUGGUGGUAAAGCUCAUGGAAAUCUAAACCUCAGUGAGUUUGCAGCUUGGAAGCUGAUUGAACUCGAGCCAGGCAAUAGUACUUACUACGUUGUGCUUUCUAAUUUGUAUGCACAGAUGGGAAGAUGGAGUGAUGUUGAGAAAGUGAGGGAGAUAAUGAUAGACAGGGGUCUUAAGAAAGAUUUGGGUUAUAGUACCGUAGAAUUUGAGCGCCACAAACUAGUUGAUUAUUUAGUAUCAUAGUAAUUACCUUUUGAAUGUGAUUACAGAUAGAGAGCUAAGAAAGAAUGCACGAUCAAUGAUAUAGUUGUUUUUGAUUGCAUAUGGUGAUGCAGAAAUGUUGUGUUAAUAUUACAGUAGUGAGUAAUGGAUACGUAAUACGACUAAUUUGUUGAAACUUGAUACAAGACAUUAUAUAUCUGAUUAUUAUUGUUUACUUCUUUAGACGAAACAUAUGUGGUGCUGCUUUUACUUUGCCGUGUGCCAUAGGCAUAUGUAUUGAUACUAUACAGGUAUGGAUAUUUAUUUUACCUAUUGAAUUAUAUAUUAGUGAAAUAAUAUGGCCGAAUUCACCAAAUACAGGGUACGUAACUAAGCCACUAGUGUUGUACUGUUGGCCAUCUGUUUUGGUCUGAUAUACGAGGAGUGUUGUUGUCAAAGAAAUUAAGUUAACACCAAAAUAAGUGAGUAUUCGUGUAAAUAAGAACGCUCACAAAAAUAACAGUGAGUAGUUUGGUAGAGUGGCGAAUAUACUUAAACAGAAAAUAACGAAUACUUAAAGAAAAUAGCGAGUAUAUAAGUAGCAAGAAAAAUUAAUUAUAUAAAUAUACUCGUUCAGAGUUCAGUCUGCGUAGUCUAUUUUGAGAGAUUUCCAUGCAAAAUCUAAUUUUAUUCAUGUGUAUUUUUUUAUAGUGUAUAUUUUUAGUUUCUUUCAGAUAUUUUUUUUUAUUGUAUAUUUGUUGUUUUAUGUAGUUUAGAUACAUAUAUUUAGUUUAAUUUUUUGACAUAUUUUAUUAAAAUAUAAUGAUAAGAUUUUUUUUUUUAAUUUACACAAUGUUCAGUAUUAGAUCUUUAUAUGUUAAUUAUAUAUUACCAUUUCUACUAUUAAUGUAAUUAUUUAUUAACUUUUAAAAAAUAAAUUAUCAUUUUAACUGUCACUAACUCUAAAAGAAAAAGAGAUAAGAAAAAAGUUGAAAGUAUCAAGUUAUAACAACAAUUUUCACAAAAAAUAA